GGUGUUGAGCGGACCGCUCAUUAGCUGAGCGCUGCCGGGCGCCUCUGCGGCUUCAGAAUAAGGAGAAGGUCAGGGGCGGGGAGGACAGAAGAGAGUAGAGGGCCACUGCAGUUCCAAGGGGGAGGCCAAGGACUAGCGGGCCCGCGGCUAGAGGAGCGGACGGACCGGCCCCUGCAGAGGGGAAAUUUCGGAGAGGAUCGCGCAGGGCCCACCCAGUCGAGCGGCAGUCGGGUAUCUCCUCCCCCGCCUGACCUCGGGGGCGCGGAGAUGGAAGGCGUCCUCUCGCCGUAGACGGACCGUGAGCCCCCCCGGGGAACCGGAGCUCCUUCGUUGAUGGAGACCAGAAGCGAUGUCAACGGUGCGGGGCGGCGGGGCGAAGAAGAAAAGGAAGGAAGGGGAGCAGGUUGCGGUGGCGAGCCCUCAGGUGCGGCGGGGCCUGCUGCCCGUGGGCGAGCCGGAAUAGCCGAGCUAGACGGGCCGGGCCGGGGCCAGAGGGCGGCAGACCCGGCCGCGGCUUGUGCAGUGUCGAAGGGUGGUCGGAGGCCAGCGCCGCCCGCCAGGGACCCCAAGCUGGUGCACCAACGCUUCCUACGGCGCAGCGUGGUCGAUUCAGACCAAGAAGAGCCACCGGGCUUGGAGCCGGUCGGGUCCGAGACCUCGUCGUCUCCGCGCCCUACGCCGCCGCCGCCGCCGCCUCAGCAACCGCAGCGCAAGGUCUUGCUGCUGUCCAAGACGCGCCGCCUCAUCGCCGAGCGGGCCAAGGGUGGAGCGCCCAAGCCGGACGAGACUGCGGAGGGCCCUGCCGCCGUGGCCCAGCCUCCCGGGGCCGCCGCCGAGAGCGCCCCCGGCCCGGGCGGCCAGGAGAGCGGAGAAGCGGCGGCGGCGGCGGCGGCCGCCAAGGAGAGCGGUCGCGAUGCGGAGAGGAGGGGGGCGGCCACCACCGAAGCCAAAGUGGAGCCCGGCCGGACCAAGAAAGAGGCGCCAGAAGAGGAGGAAGAAGAAGACGACUUGAAGGCGGUGGCCACUUCGCUCGACGGCAGGUUUCUCAAGUUUGAUAUAGAACUGGGCAGGGGCUCGUUCAAAACCGUCUACAAGGGACUCGACACUGAAACUUGGGUGGAAGUGGCGUGGUGUGAACUUCAGGACAGAAAACUUACAAAAGUGGAGAGACAGAGAUUUAAAGAGGAAGCUGAAAUGUUGAAAGGCCUGCAACAUCCAAACAUUGUUCGAUUUUAUGACUUCUGGGAAUCUUGUGCAAAGGGAAAGAGGUGCAUUGUGUUGGUUACUGAAUUAAUGACUUCUGGAACACUCAAAACAUAUCUGAAGCGAUUUAAAGUGAUGAAACCAAAGGUUCUUCGCAGCUGGUGCCGACAAAUUCUGAAAGGCCUGCUUUUUUUGCAUACAAGGACUCCACCUAUCAUUCACAGAGACUUGAAAUGCGAUAAUAUUUUCAUUACUGGACCAACUGGAUCUGUGAAAAUAGGAGAUUUAGGUCUGGCUACCCUCAAGAGGGCUUCAUUCGCCAAAAGUGUAAUAGGGACCCCAGAGUUCAUGGCUCCUGAAAUGUAUGAAGAACACUAUGAUGAAUCUGUUGAUGUCUAUGCCUUUGGAAUGUGUAUGUUGGAGAUGGCUACCUCAGAAUAUCCUUACUCAGAAUGUCAGAAUGCUGCUCAAAUUUACCGGAAGGUCACCUGCGGUAUCAAGCCAGCAAGUUUUGAAAAAGUUCAUGAUCCUGAAAUUAAGGAGAUCAUUGGAGAAUGCAUCUGCAAAAAUAAAGAAGAAAGAUAUGAAAUUAAAGACUUAUUAAGCCAUGCCUUUUUUGCUGAAGACACUGGGGUAAGAGUGGAACUUGCAGAAGAAGACCAUGGUAGGAAAUCUUCUAUUGCCUUAAGGCUCUGGGUUGAAGAUCCUAAGAAACUGAAAGGAAAACCCAAAGAUAAUGGAGCCAUUGAGUUUACUUUUGAUCUGGAGAAGGAAACUCCUGAUGAUGUUGCACAAGAAAUGGUUGAAUCUGGGUUUUUUCAUGAAAGUGAUGUCAAGAUAGUGGCAAAAUCAAUACGGGACAGAGUGGCAUUAAUCCAAUGGAGAAGAGAGAGAAUUCGGCCUCUCACGCAAUUGGAGACACGCCAGAACUCUGAAUCCUCUGAUAAAUCUAAGGUGCCACAAGCCCAGCUACAAGUUCAAGUUACGUACACAUCCCAUGCUGGCCAGCCCACUCAAUCAGAACCCGAGGAAGCAGAAGUUGACCAGAAGCUAUUGCAGCAGAAUCUGCCUGCGAGUGUCACAUCUGUUGCAUCGGACAGCACAUUUGACAGUGGCCAGGGAUCUACCGUAUAUUCAGAUUCGCAGAGCAGCCAACAAGGUGUGAUCUACUCUUCUUUGCCUGAUGCAAUACCUCCUGUAAUCCAGCGAGUCUACAGCCCACCUGUGAGUGAUGGGCAGGCCCUACCACAGAGUCUGCCAUCUCUGGGCCACUACCAGCAACCUGCAAUUCCUGGACUGACUGUGGUUCAUACGCCAUCUGUUGUCCUUUCUACACGACCACAUUACCCUGAGCCAGCAAUAUCAUUUCCAGUGGUACAGCCAACUACAGUUGCUUCAGUGCCGAAAGUAUCUUCACAACCUCUGUUAUUGAGCCAGCAGCCACCACCCCUGCCUCAGCCAGCUCAACUGCAGCAGAUACUUGCGAGUCAAUCUGUAUGCUCUCUUCAGUCUACUACCCAUCUCUUGCCCCAGUAUACAACCCCAGCUUCUCAGGUGACCACAUCUUCUCAGCUAAAACCUCUCCAAAUGCCGACAGUGGCUCUGCAGCAGCACCCUUCUAUACCAGCUACACAGAUUCCUCAGUUUCCUGUCAUUCCUGCAAUCACUCCUCUGGCAGGAAUUGACAGCCUUCCUCCAAAGCUCUCUAACCUACCUGCUGCAAAUGUGCCCUCUAUACCCGCUCCCUCUCAGUAUUUUUCUCCAGCUGUGAUUUUGCCAAGCCUUCCUGUGAACCCCACUGCACCUCUGGCAUCGGCUUCACCCUCCCUACCUUUGCAGGCUGUCAAACUUCCUCACACUACGGUGGCUCCUUUGGCCAUGCCCUGCCAAACGAUAGUGCCAAACAUGCCGGCUGCAACAAUCCCUAUACUUGCCAUGGCCCCGCAAGGAAUCGGAGCCUUGCCGAUGCACCCAGCUGUAGCUCAGCUUGCCCCUCAACCAGUAUACCAGACUGCGUUCCAGCAGAUCAUUCAGAAUGAAGUGCCCACUUCUCCCCAUCACAUUCAGAAUUUGCAAGCAGUCUCCCAGCAGCAACCACAGCCACUGCCGCAGCUUCCUUCAUUUGCUCAGCCCCUUCAGCCAAGCAUAAUUCAUCCUCCAGAACAGGCUACUCCUGCAUCCAGGGCUGGUAACCAGCAAGUAAUUGUUGGACAUCCUCCAUAUGCAUCUGUGGAUAUCGGAGCUUCUGUACCUGUCUUACCAGUACAGCACUCAGCAAUCCUGUCUCCACCUUUACAGUUCCAGCCUGAAAUAUUACCUCCCCUUGUUGCUCAAGAGUGUCUGUCCCAGCAUCCUGGCAUCCUGGCUACCACAUCUGUGCCAGGAGAACAUAAUUUGCCUAUUCCGACCACUGGUCUCCUGAUUGCAUCAGAUCCAUCCCAACUUCUGGGGCCCUCAGUACCAAUUCCAUGCCCAACUGUCCAGCUGAAAGCAGAAUCAUCCCAAGAGGAGCAGGGAAUGCAGGAAAAGCACACAUUACUGCCAAGCUGUGAAAGCUAUGGUGGUUCUGAGGUUCCUUUAGGGAAAGAAAUGAGUGAUGGCUGUGACGGUGCUUUUGGAAGUGGAAAACAGGAAGGAAAGUCUUCAAAGAAGCAUCACAGAAAGUCAACACGCACUCGCUCACGCCAAGAAAAGGCCAACAGACCCAAAUUAACCAUUUUGAAUGUCUGUAACACGGGAGAUAAAAUGGUAGAAUGCCAGUUGGAAACACACAAUCACAAAAUGGUGACCUUCAAAUUUGACUUAGAUGGUGAUGCACCUGAAGAAAUUGCUACUUACAUGGUAGAGAAUGAAUUCAUAUUGCAGGCUGAGAAGGAGACAUUUAUUGAACAGCUGAAAGAUAUCAUUGAUAAAGCAGAAGAUAUGCUCAGUGAGGACACUGAGGGUGAACGGAGCUCUGAUCAAGGAAUAAGCCCUCAGUCUAACAAUGCCCGUGGUCUGGACCCAAAAGAAGAGAAUCAGCAAUCCCAAGUAAAUGCCCCAGUAUAUCAACAGAAUGUUCUACAUACUGGAAAGCGGUGGUUCAUAAUAUGUCCAGUAGCAGAAAACCGCACAACAGAGGCUCCCGAAUUUUCUCCACCUGUUCCUUUGAACACCCAGCAGCCUGAAACAAGUCAAGAUGCGGAGCCUUGUGAGGACCAGCAAACAUUGAUGGAAAAGCCGAACCUCGAAGCUGGUCAACAGCUUCGCAGUCAAGUUAGUGUCAUAAAUGAUCCCAGCAAGACCGCAGUUCCUUUAACACCUGCCUCUGUACCUUUGGCUGUCUUAUCCAGUGAGGUAGAGGGAGCAGCUAAAGUACCACCACAACCUACUUCACGUAACUUAGACUCAGUGCAGAAUAUGGGCCAGUUGGGGAGUUCACCGAUUCAGCCAGUUAAGUCCAGCCAGCUUGGCACUCCCGCCCACAGCACCCCUCUGCCUGUAGAGCCCCAGGAUGCUCAGCUGACUCCUGGGGUCGUUGGUCCACCAACUCCACGAGCUGAAGAAGACAUCUGUGUCCCAGCCUGGGAGGUCACCUGCUGCCCAGUAGGCUCCCAGGAAUCUACUGUUACUCUUUCUAGCCUAGCGGUAGAAAUUGGUCCUCUAGCCAAGUCCAUCUUAGAACACCAGCCGGCAUCACAGGCUGCUCCUGGGCCAGAGACCAGCCAGCCAAGUGGAACGAUUCAUCUUGUCCACAACCAGAAGUUUCCAGUGGCUGUGGUGUCCGAGCCCUCUAGCUUGACAGGCUCUCAGCUGCCAAGCCCCCCUCAAAUCUCCGUGGCUGUACCCCAGCAACCAGGCCAGCCAAGCCAGGCCCAGCUGACAACCACCACCACCACCAGUGUCAGCACCAGUCUGCCACAGCCCCAGCCUGUAUUUGAGUCUGACGGGGAAGGCCCACCUCCCAGGGUCGGCUUCGUGGAUAGCACAAUUAAGAGUCUAGAUGAGAAGCUGCGCAAUCUACUCUACCAGGAGCACGUUCCUACUUCCUCGGCCUCAGCAGGGACUCCUCUGGAACAGGAAGGGAGGGAGUUUAAUUUAGGGCCUCUGAAUGAAGACUUGCUUCCUGCUCUUGCUUUGGCUUCGAACCUUGAUGCCCAUGGAGCUGCUGCUGAGGAGCCACCUGAAUCUUUCAUCUCUACAGAUCUGUCUUCAGGUCAUGCCCUGGCUGGACAGGUGGUGAGUGUGUCCCUUAAACAAGAGAAGCAGUUGGAAAAGUCAGAAGUGAAGAGCACUGGAAUCUGUCCUCCAGAACUAAAAUCAGUGAAAAGAAGAGAGUCUGCUUUAAAUAUUGCUUUGACAACAAACAACCAGGGGGACACAAUCGCAAGUGCAGCACACAGUCAAUUUCAGGGUGCUGGCUGUAAAUAUCUGGAGACUACUAAAUUAAUUGACCAAGCCAAGUCCAAAGUCUCAACUGACCCCACAAAGAGUUUAAAGCAGUCUUUUGCAACAGAUGGAGAUCUAAGUCACCUUCAGCGACAGAGCCCUCAGGACCCUGGUUCCUGCCAAAAACAAGCUGAGAAAUCUGAUGGUGGAGCACCAGCCAAGACUAUCGGCAGAUUUUCUGUUAUCAGCGCACAAGAUGAAGUCACUUUAGCAUCCUCUCAGAGCUUAAGAUACUCUGCCCCACCUGAUGUCUAUUCAGAUGAGCUUCCCUCCUGUCUGGAUUUGAAGGUAUCUGUCCGGCGUGUGCAGACGGCAUCCUCUAUUGAAGUUGGCAAUGGUAAGCUGGCUUCAAAUGAUUCUGCCGAUGACUCUCUGAAAAAGAUGUCCUCUCUCCAGAAGCAACCUUCCUCACCAAGCACCCACCCAGCAAAUGACCUCGUGAGGAAGGCAACAGCUUUUCUCAACAGAUCAACAAAGGCUGUGUCGCCGGUCCCUAGCUCUCCUAAUUUGCAGGAGAUGAAAAUUCCUACAAUUAGUGUGACUUACUUUCACUCCCAGUCAUCCUAUGUGAGCAGCGAUAAUGACUCUGAAUUUGAAGACACCGACAUAAAAAGGGAAUUAGAGAUUCUGAGAGAGAAACACUUGAAAGAGAUCUCCGAUCUACAAACCCAGCAGAAGAAUGAGAUAGAAGCAUUGUACCAACGCCUGGGGAAACCACUUCCACCCAAUGUGGGAUCCCUUCGCUCAUCUCCACCCAGUGGCGGGAUUAGAAGAACAAGCAAAAAUAAGUUAAAAGCUGGGAAGCUGUUAAAUCCCCUGGUGCAGCAGCUAAAAAGUGUGGCAUCUAACACAAGUAACCUGACAGACUGCAAAAAUUAUCCCGCUAAGGAUGCUGCUAAAGCUCGUACUGGUUCCACAGCAGAAACCACUGUAACUUCUUCUGCUUCAGUAACAUUUGGAAAGGCAGUGCAGACUCAACAGCCCUGCUCUGUCAAAGCCUCCCUGUCUUCUGACAUCUGCUCGGGGUUAGCCAGUGAAGGAGGUGGAGCUCAUGGCCAAGGCUGGACGGUUUUCCACCAAACGUCUGAGAGAGUGACCUAUAAAUCUAGUAGCAAACCUCGUACCAGAUUCCUCAGUGGACCUGUGUCUUUGUCCAUCUGGUCCACCUUGAAACGGCUAUGCCUAGGCAAAGAGCACAGUAGUAGAUCUUCUACCAACAGUCUUGUCACAGCCCCAGAGCCACUCCCAACACCCAUUAAAGUCCAGGGGCAGGAGAAUAACAGUAACAACAAGAAAGGGAUGUUCACAGAUGAUCUACACAAGCUAGUUGACGAGUGGACAGUCAAAACAGUGGGAUCUACGCAACUGAAGCCUUCUCUAAACCAACUGAAACAGAACCAAAAGAAGCAAGACAUGGAGGCCAAAGCAACCCUCACCCAAACCCAGAAUGAAGCAUGUCGAGUUAAAUCAGGCAGAAUAAAUGUGGGGGAAAAGCAUUUUGUUCCAGCGACUAGGUCAACGGUAUUAACUCCCGGAGUGUCACCAGCCCAGCCAGUGCCUAUGCCAGGUACUACCUUCUCUGGUCUAGUAACACCUUAUGUGAUGCCUCUUUGUCAAUUCGGAAGUGUGUUCCCAGCACCUGGGUUUGGCCCCCAGUGGCAGGGCUAUGUGAGCCAGCCUAGGAUUGGACGAGACCAGAACAAGGGCCAAGCAGGCUUGCAGAUGUUUCCAGCGUCUCUGCAGAAGCCUGCUGGCAACUAACCCACAUCCAGCCACAACUUGAGAAUCACAUAUCUUUGGUCCGCCCUCUGUUAAUAAAUCAAAAAUUUAAAAAAAAAUUUAAAACAAGUAUUUGAGCCUGAAGAUUUUAUGUUUUUGAAUAGGUUCGGUUCUUCUACUCACCUCUUGUUCAGGCCUAAUAGCCAUACACUACAUCAAGCAAUCACUGUGAGAUGAGUCACAAGGUAGUUUGUUUAUGGCAAUAUUUGCUUAAUUCAUUGCUAAAGACACUUUAUUCUUCAACUUGCGUUCUAGUGUUUGACACUUGCAGUCUUUAAACAAAAAAAUUUAAUGUACUUGAAUUGAUGAUUUAGAAUAUUGUAUUCACCUUGCAGAAGUUCAGUGCCUUGAAUUCAAGCUUUUCAGUUCACCACUGGAAAGAGAUGUAAAAAAUAUAUAUUUGAAAGGUGUGUUUGAUUUAUAGUCAGCUUGCAAGUUUAAAAUGUCUCGCCUUAAUUUUUAAGUUGCAAAGGGAUUGAUGAUUUACACAUUUGAAGCUGAAAUUAUUUAGAAUCUCCUUUGCGUUCCAUUUUUUGCUGUAAAUGCUUUUUUAUCUCCAUCAAUGGUUAACUUGAACAUUUUAAGAGUGGCAAAUGCAAAAAAAAAAAUGCUUAACAUUAAAAAAAUUCUUGGGUUUACAUUAUGAAUAAGAUCUAAGUGAAUAAAAUGCUUUUUCCUAGGAGCAUAUACAAGAGGUAUGAAAGAGAUUGUGUGUAUAGAAGGACAGAGAGCCACAGUGCACCGUGUGAGUCUUUUCUGGGAUGUGGUCUCUUGGUAACGCAGGUGACAAUUUAUUGACAGUAACAAGACCAGGGCUGAACAAGAACAGUUACCUUUGAUUUCCCAGUGGGACAAAACUCAUUACGCUUUAACCAAAGGAUGUCCAUAAUCCCAGUUUGAUUUUUGAGUCUACAUGUGUUUCAUAGGUAAGAGUCCAACCAGAGGCCCCCUGAGAGAAGGCGGUCCCUCUGGAUUGCUCUGAGCACUUGCAUGGCACAUGUGCAUACUUCUCUGUUUCUACAGGGCCAACAGUAUUGAUGUAGAAAGGGAAUUUCAAAUGGCACUUCUGCUUUCCUUGCUGACCAAUCAACCCCUCAGUUCAGAACAGUAUGACUAGGUGAUUUGGCUGGGCUUUUCUUCCUUUUAAAUCCAAGGGCGCCAUACAGAGUAUGGACACCCUUCAUUGUCUCUCUUCUUCUCUCUCAUUUGGAAGUUGCUUUUGAUCCAUCUUAGGGCACCUAGACGCCUUCUCACCUUCCACUCUAAAAACCACCAGGUAAACAUUAAAGCUUGAUUUGUUUGCUUUUGGUAAGUUUCAUUUUAACUAAGAGCAGCACUACCUGGGAAACUUUGUGGGCACAGGAUUAAGAAAUAUUACAAGGUCAGUCACGAAGGCACAUUGUUCUUAAUCUCUUACUGCGACAAUGUUUUAUACUCCCUUCUGGAAGGCAGAAUGUCUUGGGCUGCCAACAUGUGAAUUGUAUAGUUCUAUUGUACUUUAGAGCAUUAUUACAACUGUCUAAAUUAUUUCGUUUGUACCCUUUGAAUAUAAUAUUCCAUCAAUUCAGAGAGAAUUGACUUUUAUAGUGAUAAUUAUGCAGAGUCUUCUGCCUGUGCAAAGUACUGUAGCAAGAGAUUUCUGUUCUCUGUGACAUGUAACUUUAAUUUAUUUGUUUUUAGAUUCAUGUCUGUAUGCUUCAUGAGCCAACAUGGGAAAAAAAAUGUUUUCACACCAUUUCUCCUUUAGCUUUCAUGAUCCUAUGGUUGAGUCACGAUUGCCUGUUCUGUCCUUAUACAGUGAAGCAGUGGCUCGAGAUUCCAAGAGAUUGUAUUUAUUAAGGAGAAAAAUAAACAUUUUGUGCUUGAAAA